AUGUCGACUGCUUCCAUCUCCCUCGUUAACGACCGUCAAAUCCACAUCAAAACCAAAAUCGUGUGCACGAUUGGGCCAAAGACCCAGUCUGUUGAAAUGCUUGGUAAGCUCAUCGAUGCAGGUAUGAAUGUGAUGAGAUUAAACUUCUCCCAUGGCUCUCAUGAGUAUCACGCGCAGACUAUUGCCAACUUGCGCACUUAUCUUUCUCAAUGUGAAAAUCCACCAACCGUGGCCAUCAUGCUAGACACCAAGGGUCCAGAGAUCCGCACUAGCAAGCUCCAAAAUGGCAAGGAGAUCAAGCUGAAGAAAAACUCCAGCUUCACCUUCUACACAGACUAUUCCAUUCUGGGUGAUGAGACCUGUGUCUCCGUCUCAUAUUCUUCUCUUGAUUCCUCUGUCAAGGCCGGAGACCUUAUCCUGGUUGACGAUGGACUGAUUGCCUGUGAGGUAGUUGAGACCGGACCAGGCUUUGUUAAGACCAGGAUCCUUAAUGACGGGCUUCUCGGCGAAGUCAAGGGUGUCAAUCUUCCCAAAAUCAAGGUCGCGCUUCCCGCGCUCACCGAAAAAGAUAUCCAAGAUCUACAUUUUGGCAUUGCUCAGGGAGUCGAUUUCGUUGCGGCCUCCUUUAUUCGCAAGGCAUCCGAUGUGGUGGAGAUUAGAAAGCUACUUGGAAGCUCCAACAUUCGCAUCAUUUCAAAGAUCGAAAACGAAGAGGGCUUGGAAAAUUUUGACGAAAUUCUCGCUGCUUCUGAUGGUAUCAUGGUGGCCCGGGGCGAUCUUGGCGUUGAAAUCCCAGUGGAGCAGGUCUUCCGUGCCCAAAAAAUGAUGAUCAAAAAAUGCAAUGCUGUCGGCAAGCCCUGCAUUACGGCAACACAAAUGCUCGAAUCGAUGAUUGUUAAUCCAAGGCCAACACGAGCAGAGGCCACCGAUGUUGCCAAUGCUGUCCUCGAUGGCUCUGAUUGUGUUAUGCUUUCUGGAGAAACUGCCAAGGGAGCAUAUCCAAUUGAGGCCGUCACAAUUAUGGCGAGAAUUUGCCGUGAGGCCGAGGCCGAUAUCAACUAUGCUGAGGUUUAUGGAGCCAUCAAGAAGAAUACCAAAAUCCCCAUUUCGGUUUCGGAGGCCAUUGCAUCAAGCGCAGUGAAGACUGCCUGGGAUAUCCAGGCGCCCUUAAUUAUUGCCCUUACAGAGACAGGAGCUACAGCACUUGCCGUCAACAAGUACCGCCCGAUUCCCCCAGUCUUUGGUGUGACCGCUGAUCCACAAGUCGCUCGUCAAAUGCAGGUCCUUCGCGGUAUAUACCCCUUGCUUGUUUUAACGAUGCACGGAACCGAUUCCAUUGUAAAAAACGCAAUGGACCAUGCUAUCUCCUCAAAGAUGGUCAUCAAGGGCGAUAUUUCUGUGGUCACCUCUGGCAUCAUUGAACAAGUUUCCGGGUCCACCAACGUUCUCAGGGUUCUUAAAAUUUAA